UGAUGCUCAUGUGCUGAUCUUCAGUUUUACUCGCUGUGCAGUUCAUUGUUACGCUUUUAUUGAUUGUGAGCUUUUCCAAUUAACACCUUUCUUUCUCUCUGAAGGAUGUUUUGUGUCUCCAGUGCAGAGGCUUGUCUGAACACGGCCGCCCAGUCUAGAGAUAUGACCCUACUGUGGUGAUGGAAAGAUGAAGACGGAGGUGCCAGAUUCAUCUCUCCUUCAUUUUUUCUCACUGUAUGUUGUUUGUCGGAGGAGCUGAAGAAAAGAAAAAAGUAAUAGAUGGAGAGAGAGGAGAAUAAACAGGCUGGGGAGAAAGUGUGGCUAGCCACAUCUGAUAGAGAAAGAGAAGAAGAAGGACGUAUUGAUGUUUUUUCAGCUGAAAGAGGAGCGAUGAUGGGGACGGAAGUGGGUCUGGUUUUACCAGCUUUCUCACAGUUGGAGGAAAGUCCACCAUUAGGACUCUCUCUUUCCUCUGACCAUACGGACACCUGGGCUCCGUCCAUCUGCUUGUCCUCUUCCUCCUCUCUGCCCUGUCUCUCUCCUCCUCUUCCUCCGUCGGUGAGGCUGGAUGGCGUGCUGGCAGAGGAGUGGCUGGUUCUGGACGUGUAUCAGGGCGGAGGAGAGGUUCUCCCUGUGUUCUGGGAGUGUGUUCAGGAGCGGAUGAGAGGCCUGCAGUACCUCACACUGGGAUCAGAGGACGAGGGGGCGCUAGAGAGAGCACUGAGUGUCCUGCCCCGACUCACACAACUGCGCUCUCUGACCAUCAGAGGACACUGUUUCCAUGACCCUCAGGGUGACCCUCUCCCCGGGCUGCUCUCCUCUCUGCCUGACUCUGUCUCCUCUCUGUCUCUCCUGGUUCACCUUGAUCUCUCCUUCAACCGUCUCUCCUCUCUUCCUCCCGGUCUCCUGUCUCUCUUUCAUCUCUCUGAGCUGCUGCUGUGUCAUAAUCGUCUGACGGAUCUGCCGGAGGGUCUGGGAGCGCUGGAAUCCCUGCGGCGGGUGAGUCUGCUGGGGAACAGGCUGGUGGAUCUGCCCCGGGGUGUGGGCCUCCUCUGCAGGCUGGAGGAGCUGGACGUGUCCUUCAACCAGCUGGAGAGACUUCCAGAUGAACUCAGCCAACUACAGGACUUACAAAAACUAGAGCUGUCAAAUAACAGGCUCAGAUCGCUGCUAGAGACUCUGGUGCCGGUAGAGGUGUGUAUUCCAUAUCACAAAGCACGGAAAGGUGAUGCUGCAGUUCGCAGGUUUGAUGGUCGGUUUUGGACGACACUACCCACCCUGACCAGAAGGGGAAGUGAGAAACACAGCUGCAGGCCAGUGGGAUGCCCAGCGCGGUUGGCCUGCUCCAGUGUGUCACAGUUCUCAUGGUUUGUGGCCAUCUCGCGUCCUUUCCUGGACAGUUGCUCUGUGUCUCCAGACUGGGCGCUGCUGGUGUCUCAAUCUGACCCGGGGAUUAAACUUACUUUCCCUCCAGAGUGCACAACAGAGACACGUACGGUCACAAUGCAGGUCCUGCAGGUGGCGCUGUCUGAAGUGCAGGAACCGACCGGAGACCCUCAUGCCAGUGCCAGCCCAAUGUUAUGCCUCUCUCAAACUCCCAGCAUGCACUUCCUUCAGCCAAUCAGAGUGCAGAUUCCUCUUCCACCUGGAGUGACUGGACACAUGGUGGACAUGUCCCGUUUGCACCUAAUGCACGGUGACCCCACGGCCCACACCUGGACUGACAUCACUGCUCAGGUGUCGCUUUACGUCACGCACAUCUACGCCGUUUUCUCCAUCACAAACUUCUCAUGGUACUGGUUGUGGUACAGGUGUGUUAGUGGGGUCGUCAGGAAGAUGUAUCACCGCUUGAAACAGUUCCGGGUUCGAUUUCUGGCACUACAGAGAAAAAACGACCCAGAGCAAGUUCUGCUGCAGUGCCUGCCAUUGGACAGGGCUGAAAGCAGGUUGGUGUCUCUGUCGGAGCAGUAUGAAGGUCCUCAGCCGUCUGAGUUGUGUGUCCUGCUUAAGGGAGAGCAGUUUUUUGCCGGUUUUGAGAGAGGCAUUGACAUCAAUGCAGACCGUCCCGACUGUAAAGAUGGCAGACUCUCAUUCACCUUUUACUCUCACCUGAAGCACAUUAAAGAGGUGCACGUAUGCCCGACCCACCCACAGCAGGGCACAGUGAGAGGACAGGUGUCAUUUUACCGCGGUGAAGUGCCCAGUGAUGAGGAAGCGGCGAGUAAAAGAAAAGGUCAUGACAACCAGUGGAUGGCGACGCUUCCUCUCCGGAUUUCUAACGCAGACUGUGAUGGGAGCAUCUCCGGCGAGCUGAACCUGGGUGACCCUGAGAGCGGCUACCUGACACUGACCAACCUGCUGCCCAUCUCCUUACGCAUCAACCAAGAGUGGCAGAACAUCGGCAUCAACCUGGGCAUCAGCUACGACCAGCUGGAACGCAUCCGGAACCAACACAGGGACUUUGGGGCCCAGGUUUUGGCGAUGCUGUUUCAUUGGGCGAGAGGGCAGCAGGGGCGGGGCCCUGGGGGCAGACUCUUGCAGCGGCUGAUGAAAGCGCUGGUGGACAGUGGUAGGCGGGACUUGGCUGAGGAAGUAGAGGACAUAGUGACUCUGGGGAAGAGGAAGUAUGAAGAAUCACUAAAGAGAGUGGGACUAGAGACAGCAGCCAGCUCUGCAGACCCUCAGCUGACACAUUCACAUUGUGCUGCCAACAUCAUGACAUAUAAACUCCCAGCACCAGCACUGGACUCGUCUCACAGGAUGGUCACUGGGUCUCAGAGCAGCUGUCUGAAUGACGUCUGUCUCUCUCUCCUGCACCUCUGCAGCUCACAGUGUCCAGCAGAUGUAUUUUAUUUGUAGUGAGACACGAUGCUGCAAAUUUACACUGUGACAAAUGAGCCAUCCGUACUUGUUACAUGUUCUUAAGUGUUUAACCAAGAAACAAUCAAAAAUAUUUUUUAUGUAUGUGGGUGAAUCCCACGCAGCCUCUCAAAAAAGGUCAUAUUUCACCCUAAAAUCAAAAAAAAAUGUGAUUAAUUUAACAUUAACUUAUAUUUAAGAAAUAGUUAUACAUUUUUUCAUAAAGAAAAUGAAGCUAUUUUGGGACAAGCACAUUUUAUCCCCCCUUUCUUAUUACUGAAAUGCUUCCAGGUGUUUCUUUCUUUUUAUUUUAAUCUUUUAUUAAAGGCUGUGUGUGUGUGUAUA